AUGGCUCUGGCCGACAAACACAAAGUGAAACGGCAGCGGCUUGAUCGGAUCUGCGAAGGUAUACGGCCCCAGAUAAUGAACGGGCCCAUGCACCCACGCCCCCUGGUGGCCCUGCUGGACGGGCGCGAUUGCACGGUGGAGAUGCCCAUCCUCAAAGACCUGGCCACCGUGGCCUUCUGCGACGCCCAGUCCACACAGGAGAUCCAUGAAAAGGUGCUGAACGAGGCGGUGGGCGCCAUGAUGUACCACACCAUCACACUGACCAGAGAGGACCUGGAGAAGUUCAAAGCCCUGCGCAUCAUCAUCCGCAUCGGCAGCGGCUACGACAACAUUGACAUUAAGGCUGCCGGCGAGCUCGGUAUUGCCGUGUGUAACAUCCCCUCAGCCGCAGUAGAAGAGACGGCAGACUCUACAUUAUGUCACAUCCUGAACCUGUACCGACGGAACACGUGGCUGUACCAGGCUCUCCGGGAGGGCACGCGGGUCCAGAGCGUGGAGCAGAUCCGAGAGGUGGCGUCGGGAGCCGCCCGGAUCAGAGGGGAAACUCUGGGACUCAUCGGCUUCGGGCGCACAGGGCAGGCGGUGGCGAUCCGAGCCAAGGCGUUUGGGUUCAGUGUGAUCUUCUACGACCCGUACCUGCAGGACGGGCUGGAGCGCUCGCUGGGCGUGCAGAGGGUCUACACUCUGCAGGACCUGCUGUACCAGAGCGACUGUGUGUCUCUGCACUGCAACCUGAACGAACACAACCACCACCUCAUCAACGACUUCACCAUCAAACAGAUGCGUCAAGGGGCUUUCCUUGUCAACUCCGCCCGAGGGGGUCUGGUGGACGAGAAGGCUCUGGCUCAGGCCCUGAAAGAAGGAAGAAUACGCGGGGCGGCUUUGGACGUGCACGAGUCGGAGCCAUUCAGUUUUUCCCAGGGCCCACUGAAAGAGGCCCCCAACCUGAUCUGCACCCCACACACGGCCUGGUACAGCGAGCAGGCCUCACUGGAGAUGAGAGAGGCUGCAGCCACAGAGAUCCGCAGGGCCAUCACAGGCCGCAUUCCUGACAGUCUGCGAAACUGCGUGAACAAGGAGUUCUUUGUGACCUCGGCCCCCUGGGGGAUGAUGGAGCAGCCCCCGCCCCAGGUCCACCCAGAGAUAAACGGCGCGGCCUACAGGUUCCCUCCCGGCGUCAUGGGCGUGGCUCCCGGUGGCAUCCCCGGUCCGAUGGAGGGCCUGGUGCCGGGGGGAGUGCCCAUCAGCGCGCACCCUCUCCCACCCGGAUCUCACCCGUCCCAGGCCCCCUCCCCCCACCAGCCCUCCAAACACGGCGACCCCAUGAGAGAGCACAUGACCGAGCCGUGA